AUGGAUCUGGCUUACGAUCAUAUUACAGAAGAUGGCUACGCUAAGAAGACGGAAGAGCCAAAAACUACCCAACCCCAGUCAACUCUGAAUGAGGACCUCCAAGACGCAUAUAAGGCAUUCUCAAACAGUCCAUGGGGUGCCAAGAUUGGUGGUUUCUUUGGAACUGUGGCCAAGCAGGGCGAAUCGGUAUAUACACAAGCAUCAAAGGAGCUGGCAGAAGUUGGUGAGGAUGCAUCAAAAGGACUCACUAGUCUGCGCUCAACUAUUUUGAGCCACACACGGAACCUUUCACUCAAUACUGCCACGGCUGGUGAGAGCUCAAAAGACGGAGAGAAAGAUCAAACCACUCCGAGGGCUUCUCAGGAUGGCUCGGAAGAAGCGAAACAGUCUGAGAAUACCCUUGCUCGCCUUAGAGCCGAAGCUGCCAAGAGGUUGAAGGACCUCCAGAAAGCCGAGGAAGCUGCUGAUGAAGCUCUUAUCAAGUUUGGUGGCAAUGUCCGAAACUUCCUUCGUGAUGCCGUUAGCAUUGCACCACCUCAGGAGUCUGACCAGAGUGGUGCUGUUCUUUUCGAAAGCAAGGACGCACAGGGUAAACGUGUGAUCCAUACUUCAAGAUUCGAUGCUCAACUACAUGUUAUUCACACCUCGAUUGAGAGUUUCACAAAGGACCCCAACAGUUCCGAUUAUGCUGCUUGGUCAAAGGAGUUUGAUGCUGAUCAAAAGACACCUGAUAUCAAUGAUGAUCUGCAGAAAUUCCCCGACUUACGGACUACCAUGGAGAAGCUGGUUCCCGACCAGGUUCCCUACGUUGACUUCUGGAAGCGCUACUAUUUCCUUCGUCACGGCAUUGAGACAGCCGAAGCUAGACGACGAGAUCUCCUCAAGGCUGCCUCUGCUGAGGAUGACGUUGCCUGGAGUGACGACGAUUCUGAUGAUGACUCCGACGACUCUGCCGAUACCAGCACACCCGCGAACAAGACCAAGGUUGAGCCAAAGACUGAAAUCAAGACCGUGCCCAAGGCUACUCCUGCUACUCCCGCUACCCCUGCUACUGCUUCCUCCAACACUACACAGCCUCCCGCAAAGACCCUCCUGAAGCCAGCUGAGCCCCGCAAAUCCAACGACGAGAAGUCACAGGCCGAUAGCGAAGCUAGCUAUGACGUUGUCGGCGCUGCCUCUGGAAAAACAACACAGACUCCCAACAGUCCCAAGGAUUCAAAGGAUCCCAAGAAGAAGGCAGAGAGUAGCGACGAGGAAGACAGCGACGAUGAUUCAGAUAGUGACGAGGACUGGGAAUAG